UUUUUUUUUUUUUUUUUUUUUUUUUUUUUUAUAGUUGAUUUGUUAGAGACUAAUUGUUUACUUUCUUGUGGUGAUCAGCCCUAAAAUUGUUUAUUUUCUGGAGUAAUGAACUGCUAUCUGAUUCAAGCCUAGGUGCAACAUUCUUAUAGCAGAGCUUCCUGUUGCAAGUUUUUAAGAAAGCUGAAGUGUGAAUUCAGUCAAAGGGAAAGGGAGCUAGGGUUUACUUGGCAAAAUUGGCUUCUUUUUGUGGAUCCUAAUGAGAUUUCACUAACUAAAUUACUCGAACUUUAACAUCUACCAUUAGUUGUAUAACAUGGGUGAUUGUAGUAGCAACUUCACUUCCUACCUAAGGGUUCCAAAAUAGGAUAUCUCUGUGCUUACUUGUAGUUGAAAUUUUUUUACAUAUUACCAAAUGAGCCAACACUUUGUUGGCGAGUAUAAUUGUACUGCAAUUCUUUGUCACACAUACAAUCAAACGCCGGUAUAAGUGGUGGGACAUUAUCCAAAAUAAAAAAUUACAACCCAAAAUAAUAAAUAGGGCGGAAAAUACUAGUUUAGAAGUAAAAACCCGAAGAGAGCCUCGUUGUUCUGUACUCGUACUAGUGCAGACAGUGCAGUGGUGCAGUGCUCUGUUAAAACAAGGUAUUCCUGCUGCAUUUUCCGUACUUUUUCUUCGACGCUAUCACACUGCUCUUCGGUCAUAUUGGUGUUUAGAGUUUAGCAAAUCGAUCACCAUGUCGAUGUCUAAAGGUUCGAAGAUGGCCCAGUUUAUCAAUUACCGUAUGCGUUUUAUUAUUCAAGAUGAGCGUCAGCUUGUGGGAAUAUUCAUGGGUUUUGAUCGUCACAUGAACAUUGUCAUUGGUGAUUGUGAGGAGUUUCGGAAACUGCCUUCCACUAAGGGAAGCAAAUCCAACAAAACAGACCUUAAUGAGGAGAGAGAACGACGUACCCUUGGCCUUGUCAUCCUUAGGGGUGAAGAGUGGAUCUCCACGGCUGUUGAAGGUCCUCCUCCUCCUGACAAGUCACGUACCAAGUCCAUGAGUGCCAGUGCCAGUGCCGUGCCAGGUUCUGGUCUUGGCCGAGCUGCUGGACGGGGUGUUCCAAAUGCAUCUCUUGUUCAUGCUCAGCCUGGUUUGGCUGGUCCAGUUUGUGGUGUUGGUGGUCCAGCUCCGGGCAUGAUGCAACCUCAGAUCUCUCGACCACCAGUUCCAGCUCUUCAGUUCUCGGCUCUUGGGAUGACUUAUCCAAAUGCACCUGUGAUGCGACCACCAGGUCAGAAGAUCCAAGGAUUCCCACCUCAAAGCGGGCCACCACAGAUGCCUCUGAGAGGCCCACCUCCCCCGGGGCAGUACCCUCCUGGUUCAAGGCCUGGUUCAGCUCCGCCUGGGCAUUUUCAAAUGCCUCCUCAUUAUGCCCAGCGUCCUGGCAUGCCUGUAUUACCUCCUCCAAUGAUGUGUGGCCCGCCACCUCCUUCCAGACCUGGCAUGCCACCACCUCCUGGGGGACAAGUGCCAGUCUAUGGACCUCCUCGUCCAGGGAUGCCACCACCUCCAAAUUCUCAACAGCCACCUCAGAAUCAGCGGCAGUAAUUACACUACUGCAAUGCUUUGGGUAUUCUAGGACGAUGAUUAAUUCGCAGUGCAGACUUGUGUUUUCCCUGUCUGGUCCUAUGAUAGGAGAGGAAGUAACUUUUUCGGAGCGUGUUACCGUUGCUGAGCUUGCUCAUUGGAUAUAUUAGGGUAGUGUUUCGCACCUCUAGAUAUAGAUUCGUUUGUGUAGAUUUUACUAAUUUUAUUUUUCUUAAGAGGGAACGGUUAUCUAUCUGCUGAUUCUUGUCUAUUUUGCUCCAUGUUUGUUAAUGAAUGAACUUUAUUCUCUUCAAAAUAACAAUAAUAAUAUUAAAAGGCA